AUGAGCGAACUAGACAAUAAUAGCGUCCUUUCGCAGGACUUUUUAGAUGAUCCACACAACGUAACGUUGUGGACUCGUGCACGGUACUGGCUGCGUCAGAAACUUCAUCGGACUAGUGACUGGCGACCCCAGGGGAUCCCACUUUAUGACCUUGACUCGCAGGGUCGUUCCCUGGAUGAUUCGCUUCUCAAGCGUCCACGCAGCUUCCGUUGGCUGUGGCAAUUACUCGCUACCGUUCUCUUUGCUGCUAUUACACUUACAGUGGUCAUCGGAGUGAUUUCUACCACUGGAAAAACACCUAAAGGUGUAAAUUUCGACCCUCACAACCAGUACUGGAACGGUUCCCAUGCAUUUUAUCCUCUGACAGUCGUGGUAUCACUUGAUGGGUUCCAUCCAUCACUCAUAUCAGAACGGUUUACUCCCUUCCUGCACGGGCUUUACACUUUGAAUUACACAGAUAAGAUCACAAGUUCUCCCUACAUGUUCCCCAGUUUCCCCUCUCAAACGUUCCCAAAUCACUGGACACUCGUUACUGGUAAGUAUCCGCGCGAUCACGGUAUAGUAUCGAACGUAUUCUGGGACCAGGAGUUACAGGAAGAAUUCCACCCUGGUGUGUUGGAUCCUCGUGUGUGGGCAAACGCCAGUACUCCCAUAUGGGAAGUCUUGCAAACUGCUUACAACCACCAGGGUGAUUUUCCUUUCAAAGUUGCUGCCCACAUGUGGCCCGGCAGCGACGUCGACUAUUCAUCUGUAGAUUCUGUCCCAAUAGAGCGUACGCCUUAUUACAAGGACGACUUCGAUGCUGCGGAGUCACUCGAUGCCAAGCUAAAACGUGUGCUUGAGUUUGUAGACAUGGGAUCUCUCGAAGAACGUCCGCAGUUGGUUCUAAGUUAUGUUCCGCAGGUGGACGCCUUUGGGCAUCAUCAUGGGUACCCUAUUGCCGAUAAGAAGAAUAAGAACUUCCGCGAGUUCACUGAGGUGCUGAGCGGAGUAGAUCGCUACGUUGAGGGAAUCGUGUAUGGAUUGGAAGCUCGUAACGUGUCGCAGUUCGCCAACGUCAUCAUCGUCAGCGACCACGGUAUGAGUAACAUUGAAAAUCCGGCGCACAUCGUUGUGUGGGAAGAUUUGCUGGAUAAACAGCUAAGGAAACGUGUGGAACAUGCCUACGGAGAAGGCCCAAUGCUUGCCGUGACGCCACGCGAUCAUUCCGAUACCAACGAACUGUACAGGGAGAUUACCAAGUCUUUGAAAGAGUUGGGCGAUUUGGGGAGUAAGUUUACGGUGUACUUGAACGGGAACUUCCCUGAACGGUUCCAAUUGAACGAUGUUGGGAACAAACGAAUCGCACCGAUCUGGAUAAUCCCUGAGCCAGGUUACGCAGUUAUGAACCAGGCAUUCGCCAAGAAACAAAAGGACAAAAUCGUUGGGAACCAUGGAUACGAUAACCAUACGCCUGAGAUGAGAUCUUUGUUCAUUGCGAUGGGACCAUUCUUUGAGCGUGGUUACGUUGAACCGUUCGAGAACGUUGAGUUGUUUGACUUGCUAUGUGAUUUGAAUGGAGUUGCAAUGCGCGAUCGAUUUGGUGAUACGCAGGAUACGUUGUUUUAUAAGAAGUUUAUGCAAGACGAGUUUGAGGAUGAUUUUGCGUACUUGGAGACGUUGUAUGGUAAUGGUACGAGUUACAACCAGAUAUGGGCGGGAGAGACAGAGGAAGAAGAGGACGAGGACGAGGACGAAGACGACGAGAAAAUUGAAGGUGAGGAGAGUGAGAGCAAUAGCGAUAGCGAGAGUGACAGUGAUAGUGAAGAUGAAGACGUGAGCGAGGAACCCACCCCGACGUCUUCGGCUGAAGCUGCGACCGCAACUGCAACUGCCAGUUCGUGGCUUGACUCCCUCACUCAAGAAGCCGAGGAACUAGUACAAGAAGUGGUGGAUGAAAUACAGGACUUGAUCAACAAUAAUGUUACAUAG